GCGCGGGCCCAGCGCGCGCGCGCGCGCGACGCCGGCAGCCCGCCUGGGCCCUGACGCCGCUCGCGCCCCCGCCGAGGCCGCGGUUCCCGCGAGCAUCAAGGGCGUGGCGGCGAGGCUGCGGGCGGCCCGAGCCGCGCCGACUGUGUCCCGGCUGCCGACCGCGGCGUCUCCCCAGGCCCGGCUCCUCGCGGCGGCCCGGCUCCCGCGUGGCCCGUCGGGCCGCUCCGGCCUCGCGCCUGCCCGCCUGCCCGCCUGCCUUCCUCCCUGCAGUGGCCAAGCGCGCAGAUGCCUGGUAGACACCUUAGGACUUUAAAAACGGAAAAGACCUGCUUUUAGGGGAUAAUGCUGAGGGACACUAUGAAAUCUUGGAAUGAUAGCCAGUCAGAUCUCUGUAGCAGUGACCAAGAAGAGGAAGAAGAGAUGGUUUUUGGUGAAAAUGAAGAUGAUUUGGAAGAGAUGAUGGAUUUCAGUGACCUGCCUACCUCCCUCUUUGCUUGCAGUGUCCAUGAAGCAGUGUUUGAGGUGCGAGAGCAGAAGAUGUGGUACUGCCCGAGGGGACACGAAGAGACCACUGGAAAAAUAGAAUGGUCAAUGGCGAUUGGGUUUUAUGGGAUCUUCAUUUGCUUAUCAGAAGAGAGAUUUGAAGCACUUUUCACUGUCUACGAUGACCAAGUGACAUUUCAGUUGUUCAAAAGCUUUAGAAGAGUCAGAAUAAAUUUCAGCAAACCAGAAGCAGCAGCAAGAGCACGAAUAGAACUCAACGAAACAGACUUCAACGGGAAGAAGCUGAAGCUGUAUUUCGCACAGGUACAGAUGUCCAGUGAAACACGGGACAAGUCGUAUUUACUGCCACCCCAGCCAGUCAAACAGUUCCUCAUCUCCCCUCCCGCGUCGCCUCCGGUGGGGUGGAAGCAGGGGGAAGACGCGACACCUGUUAUAAAUUAUGACUUACUCUGUGCAGUUUCCAAACUGGGACCAGGAGAGAAAUACGAGCUCCAUGCAGGAACUGAGUCGACACCCAGCGUGGUGGUUCAUGUCUGUGACAGUGAAACUGAAGAGGCAGAAGAAACAAAAAACCCCAAACAGAAAAUUACCCAGACGAGGCGCCCUGAACCUCCAGCCGCAGCACUGGGUGAGCCCCAGACCUUCGAUGGGGCGCUGUGAGGCCGCUGGUUGUGGUGCCAGGCAGGUGCCCUUGUGGGCUCAGCACCGGAGCCCCGUGCCCCUCUGCAGCGUUGCCGGUCAUUGGCGCUGAUCCUGUGUGUGGGGGAGGCUGGGAGUGAAUGGGGCGCGGUGUGUUUUGCCACCACGCCUGUGCUGCAGACAUAGCCCUAUCAAGUCUUGGCGGAUUUUACCUGGUCGCAAUUUUAACAGAUCUUCCGAACAGCACAUGAAAUGAAAGGAUGGGCCCCCAACGCGUCGCAACUCUUGACCAUUUUUUAAGCGGUAGCAAAUUAGGAAAUUUGGCUGAUUUCUGGCUCCCUCCAGCAAUGGUAACUUCCCUGAUUCCAUUUCGCAUGGGGUACCAAAAAACUAAAGCGGUAGUCACCGAGCUCAGUACCAUUUUUAUGAAUUUAAAAAUAGUCUUACAAUUUCAAUAAUCUGCUGUGGGUACUUUUGUAAUGGUAUAAUAGCUUCCAGCUACUCUGUUGAUCAAAGGUCAAUUAUUCCUCCAUAUACGUGAAAUUUUUUGCACGGAAAGAAAUCUGAAAUGUAAAGUAAUUGAUAGAGAAUCAUUUUUCUCAAGUAGUUUUUUCUUUAGCUUUGGGGAGGAAAUGCCAAAUUCACUUUGACUAUGGGGAUCACAUAGUACAAAUCCGUGUGGGUGUUACUCUCUUCCCUGUUACUGUUAAACUUCAAGAGGACGGUGACGCACAGACCACUGUUCCCAAUGCACCGUCCCUCCCAGAGAAAGAACUGCUACUUUGGAAGUAGGACAUACCACCAGAGAGUUUGACUGACGAGGACCUCAGGUGGCUCAUGCGAUCUGCCAUGUGGGACCAUGUGCUAGCCUGUAGCAUACCCAACUGUCUUUAGCCACCUGUUGAGUUUUUCAAUGGUAAACAUUGUGUGUGUCAUUCAUUGACUUUAAAGGUUUUUUUUUUAAUGUUUAUUUUUGACGGAGAGACAGAGCAUGAGUGGGGAGGGGCAGAGAGAGAGGGAGACACAGAAUCCGAAGCAGGCUCCAGACUCUGAGCUGUCAGCGCAGAGCCCGACGCGGGGCUCGAAUUCACAGACCGUGAGAUCAUGACCUGAGCCAAAGUCGGAUGCUCAACCGACUGAGCCACCCAGGUGCCCCUUCAUUGACUUUAAAUUAGAAAAGGUACCGAUAAGGUUUUCCGAAGACCAAUGUUUAAUGGCCUAUUUAAACAUUUUCCAGUUUCCUUUGGAAGAAAAGACACACAUAUUCUUUUCCGCUGAGUUAGGGAAAGCUGGGGGAAAUUGAGAUCAUUCAGAUAGUCAGACUUCUGUUCCUGGUGCAGUCUUUUAUACUCUGGCUUACACUUGGCAUUUUUCCCUAAAACAGAAUCGUUUCUUACUUGUGUUUCAGGAGUGGAUAGUGGAAGCCCCUAAAGCAGAAGCAAGCAUCUUUUUAACUUUCUGUGGUCUGUUCAGACUUUGUAAUCCAUUUAUAGAAAAGUCUCAUAACUAAGAAAACCUGGUUUUGGUCAGGUGGCUCUGCUGAGCUCUGUUCACUGUGCUGUUUCCUCCAUGUGUCAGAUGUCUGGAGCCCCCUGGCAUGUGUGUGAGGGGCCGCACAUGGGAGUUUGGACCAAUAAACCAAGGAGGCUGUGCCCACAUGGAGAGAAGAACACAAAUUCAUGCCAGGAUGUCCGUACAUUUUUGGUAGCAUGUUUUUGUGGGUUAGAGGUUCUUAUUAUGGAGAGAUUUAUCUCUGAGGACUUAAACUGUAUUGCCAAAAAAAAAAAAGUUUUCUAUAUUUUCCUUGCCCUCAAAUUCUCUAAGAUGAUACACUCUCCUCUUUAUAGAUGUUCACUGCUACUAAGCUUCAAUAUAAAUUCAGUUGAAAUUUGUGAUCUCAUAAGCAGUUUAUUAAAUUCAGAUAAUUGUUUGGCAGUUUAACUGACAGUCACUUGAUACAUUUGCUUUGCAUUCUAAAUUUCCCAUUUUGCCGGUUUUCAAUCUUACCUGUUUACACUAAUCGUUGCAGAUUGGACCCCAUCAGGAAAUGUGUGUAUUUUCGACAGGUGGGAAUUAAAAUUUUUCCUUUUAGGUAAUGUUUAUUAGCUAUAAUUUUCUAAGUAAUCAGAAUCCAUGAUGUUUUAUUAUUUGGCGUGGCUUUCAUGGUCUUCCUUCCAAUUAAAGAAUAGUCUAUCCCUAACUUACAUAACCUGGUUUUAAAGUCAGGCAGUGCAAAUUACCUGAAUAUUUUCUUUUUCUCUGUUCUUAUUUUUUUGAGAGUAUUGAAUAAAUUGAAAAACUUAAAUCAAAAUAAAUAUAUAUUAAAUAUAAAAUACGUCAUAUAUAUUAAACUUUUCUGAAUGGAAAACAUUAAUAUUUUCAUUGCCUCUAAUGUAGUUCCAUAAGGUGAAUGCUAAAAGAAAAACUCCUAAAUGCUCAUAAACUUUUAACUAUUGUGAAAUUAACCAGUUUCUCAACAAGUAUGAUGGGCUCUGUCCUUUUUUUGGCCAUUUUUAUAUCCAGCUCAUGUAACCAUCUUAUAAGAGAUGAGGCUCGUGUUCUUUUUUUAAGUUCCUUUUAAUACGUUUAGCUACAUUUUUCUUCUCUGAAGUUGAGUUAUUACUUAGAUUGAACUGAUAGUAGAGUAGCUAUGUGCCCUUUGGAAAUCAUAACUUCUCGGGAAUCAAAUUACUUAGAGCAUUGUGAGGAAAGAAAAUGAUGCUUUGUGUUAGGAAAAAAAACAGUCUGUGAGGGAUAAGAAAAUCAUAGCACUUAAUGAGAAUAGUCAACAGAACCUGCAGUGCGUUGGCUCUUCCGUUCUAGGUUCUUGCAGCAUACCCACCUGAUAAAACCAGAAAUCAGCCCAUUUAAGAAGUGUGCUGGUGUGAGGAUCGACUAGUUGAAGGUUCUAAGAGGCAGAAAGGGUAUGAACAGUUCCCUUGCCCUCGGGAGCAGAGAGCAGGAGAGCAGACUAAUCUUCUUACUGUCUGCUUCUUGAGACUUUAUACACUAAACCUGUCCACAUAACUGAGAGCCCAGUAAACGCUACCAGGAACUUUUAAGCUCAACAAAAUGGUUCAAAUAGAACAUGGUGUGUUUGAAUCAGAGCUGCCAGGAGAUGGGACAGGAACAGCACUGUCGUUCUUUUAGAAAAUGGUCAUUUUGUUUCCCACUCCCAGCGAUUUCAUCUCAAAAACUGUUGUGAUCGAAAGUGAAGACUAGAUUCUCUCAGAACCUGAGCCACUGUGCUGAAGGAGGCUUUGGAAAAUGACAUACUCUACUCCUCCUGUGACACAGACGAGAAAACUGAGGUGAUGCCACUUGUUUCAAAGCUCGCAGGGACUAGCUUGCAUUCCCAGCUCCCAUGUUUGGGCCUUUUCUACUUUUUUCUUGCGUAGGCCUCUUUAGAGGCCCUCAGAAGCAGUGAAUCUCUGUCAUAAGAAAACAGACAAACAAAAAAAAGGGAAAAGAAUUCUAUCUCCCCCUGAAGGGAUACAGUGAACAAGAAACAUCAGAUGAAGGUAGUGACUUAGUAAUUUCAUGAGUGAAGUUAUGUUCCGUGUUUGUGUUUCUGUUGUCAUCGUGCUGUUGGGAUUGGAAUCCCAUUAAAUAAUGGCAUUUUGGUAGCCAGCAAUUAUGUUGACACUUUGUGUGGGCUCUCCUAGAUUUUAGUCAUAACGAGAUUAAAAUAUAAACGGUCAUACUUGAGAUGUGA